AUGGCUAAUCAUUCGGACCAGGCCUCUACAAACUACAAAGAAGCGUUCUCACUCUUCGACCGUCGCGGCACAGGUCGUGUCUCUGGCGAUCUCCUCGGCGACCUGCUUCGCGCCUGUGGCCAGAAUCCCACCCUUGCGGAGAUCGGUGACUUGGAGAAGUCCGUUGGUGGUGACUUCGACUUUGAUUCCUUCCUCAAGGUCCUGAACCGCCCUGGUGGUUUCCGUGAACCCGGCGAGCCCGAAGAAUAUUGUCGUGGAUUCCAGGUAUUCGAUAAGGAUAUGACGGGCUUUAUUGGUGUUGGUCAACUGCGAUACAUCUUGACGAAUCUCGGCGAGAAGAUGUCCGAUGAAGAGGUCGAUGAGUUGCUGAAGGCUGUUGAUACCAGCUCCGGCGAGAUUAACUACACUGAUCUCGUUCGCACCAUCCUCGCCAACUAA